AUGUUCGCUCAACAACGCGUCGUUAAUGCCUGUCUAAAACAUCUAACACCACGACUUAGUCAUGAGCAAUCAUCAAUAAUUCGAGCUACUCUUCAAGCACAGAAUGUUCGUCAGAAAAGUGACUCCAAGGAUGUUUCAAAAGCUAGUAGUGGAGGCAAAAUUAAAGGCCAUAUUGUCGGUAUCGAUCUUGGCACAACUAAUUCAUGUGUAGCUAUCAUGGAAGGCAAAACGCCAAAAGUGCUGGAAAAUGCUGAGGGUAUGCGAACAACACCGUCGGUUGUCGCAUUUACUAAAGAUAAUGAACGUCUCGUUGGUAUGCCUGCUAAACGUCAAGCCGUAACCAAUCCUCAGAAUACCUUUUAUGCAACAAAACGUUUGAUCGGAAGAAAAUUCAACGAUGAUGAAGUUAAAAAAGAAAUGCAAAGUGUAUCAUUUAAAAUCGUUCGUGCCAACAAUGGCGAUGCUUGGGUUGAAGCUAACGCACCAAAUAAGUCAGUCAAUCCUGAUGAAGCUGUUGCUAUGGGUGCUGCUAUUCAAGGCGGCGUUUUGGGCGGUGACGUUACUGAUCUCCUUCUUCUCGAUGUAACACCACUUUCAUUGGGCAUUGAAACCUUAGGUGGAGUCUUUACAAAAUUGAUUAAUCGGAAUACAACUAUACCGACAAAGAAAAGUCAAGUUUUUUCCACUGCUGCAGACGGUCAAACACAAGUGGAAAUCAAAGUCCACCAAGGAGAACGUGAAAUGGCUGCUGAUAAUAAGUUGCUAGGACGAUUCAAUUUAGUUGGUAUACCACCCGCUCCUCGAGGAGUGCCACAAAUUGAGGUGACAUUUGACAUUGAUGCAAAUGGUAUUGUUCAUGUGUCCGCUCGUGAUCGUGGUACUGGAAAAGAGCAACAAAUUAUCAUUCAGUCGAGUGGAGGUUUGAAUAAAGAUGAAAUUGAAAAUAUGGUUCGUGCCGCAGAGAAAUACUCUGCUGACGAUAAGAAACGACGUGAAACGGUCGAAGAAGUAAACCGUAUCGAAUCGAUUCUUCACGAUACAGAAUCAAAGAUGGAAGAGUAUAAAGAUCAGCUACCAGCUGAUGAAUUUUCCAAAUUGAAAGAUGGCGCUUCGAAAUUACGUGAGAAAUUGUCCAACAAGGACAAUGAAUCAGUUCAAAAUUUGAAAGAAGCUGCUGAUGACUUUCAAAAACAAAGCUUGAAAUUAUUUGAAACUGCUUAUAAAAAAAUGCAAUCUGAUCGUGAAAGCUCACAAUCAUCAUCCUCAGGCACUUCCUCCGACGAAAAUAAAGAUCAACAAAAUAAAUAG